CAGGUGAACGUGGCGGCGGCGGUGGAGGCGCCCGCGGCGGCGCAGGUGGACUGGAAGGCGGUGGCCGAGCAGCUGGACAGCCGCAGCCCGCUGGAGAUCAUGGAUCACGCGCUGGCCACCUUUGGCAGCGACAUCGGCAUCGCCUUUUCCGGCGCCGAGGACGUGGCGCUCAUUGAGUACGCCUACCUCACCGGCCGCCCUUUCCGCGUGUUCAGCCUGGAUACUGGCCGCCUCAACCCGGAGACGUACCGCCUGUUUGACAAGGUGGAGAAGCACUACGGCAUCAAGAUCGAGUACACCUUCCCCGACGCGCAGGAGGUGAUGGACCUGGUGCGCGAGAAGGGCAUGUUCUCUUUCUACGAGGACGGCCACGGCGAGUGCUGCCGCAUCCGCAAGGUCAAGCCUCUGCGCAAGCAGCUGACGGGCCUGCGGGCGUGGAUUACGGGGCAGCGCAAGGACCAGUCGCCCGGUACCCGCAUGGCGGUACCGGUGGUGGAGGUGGACCCCGUGUUCCAGGGCCUGGAGGGCGGCCCCGGCUCGCUCAUCAAGUACAACCCGCUGUCCAACAUCACCAGCGCCGAGUGCUGGAACUUCCUGCGCGUCAUGGGCGUGCCCGUCAACGACCUCCACGCCUGCGGCUACAUCUCCAUCGGCUGCGAGCCCUGCACCCGCCCAGUGCUGCCCAACCAGGCGGAGCGCGAGGGGCGCUGGUGGUGGGAGGACGCCGCAGCGAAGGAGUGCGGGCUGCACAGCGGCAACGUGAGCUCCUCGUCGGGCGGCGAGGAGAGCAGCCAGUCGAACGACCUGUGGCCCGCCGGCGGUGCGGUGGCGGCCCUGGACCGGCCGCAGCUGGCGGCGUUGCUGGAGGGGCCACGCGAGCGCGACACGCUCGUCGCCCUCUAUGCCCCCUGGUGCCAGUAUUGCAAGGCGCUGGAGCCGCAGUACGCUGAGCUGGCGGAGUCGCUGGCGGGCGGCCACGUCAGCGUGGCCAAGUUCCAGGCUGACACCGACCGCGAGUUUGCCGCCGAGAAGUUUGGCCUCAAGACCUUCCCCACCCUGGUGCUGCUGCCCAAGGGCGGCAAGGGCGGCGACUUCAUCAAGUACCCCAGCGAGCGGCGCGACGCCGAGACGCUCGGCAUGUGGGUGCGCACCCUGACGGGCUCCACCUAAGCAGGCAGAGGAGGCCCGAGGCAGCGCCCCCGGCGCCCCAGCACCCAGCCCUAACCAUCUGCCACCCAGCCGGGCCCCAGACCUUGCCACCCAGCCGGCCCCCAGCCCUUGAGCUGCAACCGAGACGGGACUCACGCAACUGAGCACUGACCCCAAACAGCAUCCAGCCUCCACAGCACCCCAUCAGCUCUGCUGAGCCCGCACCCCGCUUUGCAACACAGCGUGACGAGCGGCUGCCAGCAGUGCCCUGCACCACUUUUGAGAACCCAUGCACCAAACGUCAGCCCUCCCUUCCCCGAGCCUUGCCCAUUGCCAGCCUCCCUCUCUUUCUCCGCCUUGCGCCCCCGACAGCCGCCGGAUGGAUGCUCGCCUGCACUGCUGCCGGUCCCAUAUUGGCGCCGGCCCCACUGUGACACAACAGCGCAU